GGGGGAGCGAAAUAACAUUGCAGCCUUCACUCGACUUCGCGACGGGGAUUAAUAAAGCAGGGGAGACAAAUCUGCCGCUAAAUUACUCGGUUUAUUAUUCCGGAUGGUUAUUUAAGCGGAAAGGAAGGAAGAUCAGGGCGCAUUCUGCUUCAUUCUCCGCGGAUUACGAGCCGAAACCCGUCGCUUUUCUUCCCUCAGCUGUCCAGCAGUAACGGGCUGCAACUGUGCGCCUGUUUAACGGAUUCUUAAAGCGAAAAGCUGCAAAGUUUGUUUGUGAGCGCCGAACGGAGGUUCAGCUAAAAUGGAAGCCGGAGCAGUGACCGCCGUGCUGGGCUGAGCCGGACGGGCGGCGGCGGAGGGGCUGUUCCGUGGCCGACCGGAGUGGGGAUGUGGGCCGGGCUGGACGAGUCCCAGAGCUCGGCUAGCGUUAGCUUUAGCCUGAGGGGCUGAGAACGCUGGUAUACGCUCAAGCUACCUUCACGUUCCACGCGCCGCACGCGCUUUAGUUUUACAUGUUUAAAUAAUGUGACCGUUAGUGUGUAAACUGAGCGGGGGAAAAAAAACGGUUUGAAAAUUUGAAUAAUGCGACCGUUAGUGUGUAAACUGAGGAAAAAAACGGUUAGAAAAUUUAGGUAAUCUGACUCUUAGUGUGUAAACUGAGAGGGAAGAAAACGGAUUGAAAUUUGAAUAAUGAAAGCUGGUGUAAACUGAGGGGGAAAAAAACGGUUUUAUAUUUGAAUAAUGAGACUGUUUUUGUUUAAAGUGAAGAGAAAAAAAGACCAGAUUAAAACCUGAUGGAUUUGCUUUCUAGUGGGAAUUGGCUUAAUGGUCAUCAUUGGAGCCCUCUAGUUUCCUGUAGGACGCCUUUAGAUCCCAUUAGGAAACAGUGCAGCUGAAAUCAGAACACCUGUUAAACCAUUAGAGUCCUUUACACUGUGAUAUUAACCCAUCAGGAAAAACACAAAAUACCAACAGAACAACAACAGAAACUUUCUGUCUUUUUCAGCAGGUCUUAGUUUCUUACACAGUCUUUUACAGUAAUGCGUAUGAAGCGUAUAAACGGGAUAAUUGCCACACGCUUUUAGAGUUUUAUGUGUAUUUUUUUAAUAAUGACACCAUGUUAAAAGUAUAAACUGAAGGAGGAGAGAAAAAAGUGCUGUUGUUCAUUCAAAUGUUGAUUCCGUUAAGUGUGAUUGUGAGACUUUGUGACUAUGUUCAUGGAAGUUGGGGGAGUUGUUGAAGCAUUAACUAAGUGUGUCAAAGACGUGUUUGCCUGAACGCUGGUUAAAAUGGUGGAGGGUCGGUGCUGCCUGCAGAGGGAGGGGGUUUACCGCUGGUUCUCUGGGCUGAACUCAGCGCAGCGGGCCGAGUUCCUCUGCGGCCUUCUGGACCUCUGCGUACCGGUCGAGUUGCGCUUUCUCGGCUCUUGUCUGGAGGACUUGGCCCGCAAGGACUACCACUCCCUCCGGGAUGCGGAGAUAAAGGCGAACAACCCGGCCGACCUGGCCCACCUCACCAACAUCACGGAUGAGGUGGUGCGGAGCAAACUUCUCGUGUCCCUGGCGCUGCUGAGCUCGGAUAACCGGGCGGCAGCGGCGGUGUUGUUUCGCACCCUCACACACAUCGACGCCGUCAUCCACAACUACGGACUUCAGCUGAACGAUGGCCGCACUGGGGAGCAGUUCCUGCUGCUCUUCACCAUGGCCUCCAACCACCCGGCCUUCAGCUUCCAUCAGAAGCAGGUGCUCCGCCAGCAGCUCACCCAGAUCCAGGAGAUCCUGCAAGUGACCGGGGUGGAAACGGCACACGGUGGGACCAGCGGCAGUUUACCGGCGUCGGCCAUCCCCGCCUUCCUGAGCCCGUCUGGACACAUCCCCUACCGGGGAGGGCCGUGUCCCUGCUGCACAAAGCCCCUGCAAAGAGAAGUAACAGCAGGCCCAGUUGACGAGGGAUUAGGGUCAGACGUCAUGCCGCCGACCCCUGCCCCUGCUUGCCAAGACCUGCCACUCAAAGUGCAUACUGGGAAACCUGGAAAAGUUCGGGUCGAGAGGAUUGAGCUGAAGGGAAUCACACCCAAAGCAGACACGUCAGCAGAGUACACGCUGGAAGUUCUGUGGUCUGACUCCACACUGACAACUGUUUGCAAGACAUCUCAGGAUGUGGUGGAGUUAGUCUCCCAGCUCUCCCAGCUUUUUCCUGAUGACUGUCUGGAGAAGUUCCUGCCUCAGUCUGGCCUUGACCCUGUUCACGAGCUGGAUCCAAGGUGCCUGAGUUCCCUCCCUCUCCACAUUAUCCGGCAUGACAGAGUUCGUCUCUUCUUCAGCUGUUCCUCCGCUCCUCCGCUGCCUGCCAACAAUUUGAGUUGUCUACCUCAGUACAGAGGAGCUGGCAGGGCAGUCUGUGGUGUGGCCAGCAUUCAGCCAGUCGUUAAUGUCCACGCCCCGAUACCUCAGACCUCUCCGCCUCAUCUGCCACCUCAGCCAGUCAUGCCCCUGCACCCUUCUGUACCAUUAGGAGAUGGUGUCCCAUCUCAGAAUCACCCCAAUAACCCACCUGCUCACCCCCAAACGCAACCACCUCCCCAGCAACAGCAACCCCAUUCACACCCCCAGGCCCAGACCCAGCCCAGCCCGGAGCAGAACGGCAUCCUGGACUGGCUACGCAAGCUGCGUCUACACAAAUACUAUCCUGUCUUCAAGCAGCUGACUAUGGAAGAGUUCCUUGCUCUCACCGAGGAGGACCUGAAUAAGUAUGACCUCACUCAGGGAGCGAAGAAGAAGCUGAAGACUCAGCUGGAGCUACAGAAGGAGAAGUUGGAGAAAAGAUACGUGUUGUCUCAGUUUCCUGUGUCGUGUGGGGGGGUCGCAAGAGUAACACCAUCCAGCUACAACGGCCCUCUAACACACACACACUCAAGCAGCAGCAACACAGAGUUGCGUGUGGAGGUAGAACAAGGUUCGCUGCCUGUUCUCCGUGACAGCAGUUCCUCGUCUGGCUACUCCAGCGCCCCCUCCAGCCCUAUGACCCCUUUGUCCCGAGACGCUUCCUUCGACCGAGCCAAAGAGCCACACAGACGUGCAGACCCUGGCUCGGAGCCUGGAGAGAAAGAACGGCCAUGUUUCUUGCUCAACCCUGCUGGUUCCGGCGGCCCAAGUCGACCCACAGCUCAGGUUCUCCCGGUCCAGAACGACCCAUUGCUAUCACCAUCACACCAGAGCAGCCUGAGCCCUCCCUCCCUCCCUCUGCUGUCGCCAGGGCGAGGAUUAAACUCUGCCCGCAAGCCCCGUCCCCUGCCGCUGUGCUCCGAGGAAAGGCCCAAACCCACUGGGGCCGGGGUAGCAGUCAGCGUGCGCCUCGAAAGCCUGUUCCCCGGCAUGGGCGUAGACGCUGUGCCGCAUGGGCACCAGGAAGGCCCUGGGGCUCGCGGGCCCUUAGCUGUGCUGCGCACACCUCCAGGGUUGAUGGUGGAGACCAGCACUGCUCUGACUGCAACCUCUAACACCCUCCAUCACGUCUCUCACCCACCCCUACACGUGCAGGUCUCUCCCUCGCCCGCCCACGCCCGCACAAGUCAGUACCCUCACCCUGCCUCUUCCUCUUCCUGCUCCUCUUCCUCCGGGUUGACCUCCAAACCAGCCUUCCCGCCUGUCAGCGCCGUUCCCGUGGCAACCGGCAGCACCGUGCCUGUGGCGGCAGUGUCUGGGAACACCUACAGCAUCAACAGCGCCUCCGUAGCCCCGCCCAGUUCCAGUCCCAUCACGACAGAAGCGGUAGGUUACGGUUCAAACCAAGCAAACGGCACGAGUUCAGGCUCAGCCGUGUGCGUGUGCAGCUCUUGCGGCUGCAGCGGGAACUGCGGCUCCUACGGCACGCUGCCGGCCAGCUACAGCGGCUACUUCCCGCACCCGUUCUCCGGGACGUCCGUGUUUACGCUGGGGCCUCUGCUCCACUUCAGCCCACUUCUCACGGGAAGUGGCUCCGCCUCUCCCUUCUCUUAUCCCCUGGUGGCCCCGCCCCUCUACAACAGCAGCCUGUCACACGAGUCGCCGCAGAACCUCAUCCUUCCUCCCAUGCAGGGCUUUCUAGGGGGAGGGGCUAAUGUCUACCAGCCCCAUGGGAUGAUGGGAAAUGGAGGCGCGGGACAGAAGAAGACGGGGAACAUGUCCUGCUACAACUGUGGGCUGAGUGGGCAUCGCGCGCAGGACUGCAAACAGCCACCGAUGGACUCUACUCAGCAAGGGAUGUUUCGUCUCAAGUAUUCUCCUCAGUCAGACAGCCAGGACUCUGGUGACUAGGUGUGAUUUCGAGAUCAUAUGUGAGGUUUUUUGGCCCGGAGCCCUCGUCCGUGUGUGAACUCGCACUCACCGAAACCCCCCCACAGGAACAGGGCUCUGGAUUUUGUCCACAGCUGAAGCGCUGGAAAAACAAAACACUCCAGCCUAGGCUUCUCCAAACGCUGUGGUGAGACUUAAGUCGAAAGCCCUGAGAAAACGGUUACGAUCGUUACCUUGGAGAGAGGUUUCCCAACAACCUAAUGCAAGCAGUCGUGGAGUUGGACGGUAUAAGGAGUAAUAAAACCAAAGAGGACGCCUUGCUUGACAAGACAAAUCUUUAGAAAGGAACGUUGCAAAGGGGGAAUGUAAACGUAGCUGUUGCGUUCUUCGCGCUCUCUCCUCUCAGGUCCGCCAUCGGCCUCUUCUAACUGCGGUUUGUACAGACAGCAUCACCGCUUUUAAACUGUAGUGUGUGGACAAGGCAGUUUCUUGCACAUCUCCGGUAGGACUUUGGAAAAACAGGAAAGAAGACACUGCCAUCUUUCAAUUCUGAGGAAACACGAGUAAAGCGAUGGUUCUGACUCUCGUCCGCACCAAUGCACAGGUUCUUGGAAGCCUUUCGGAAGAACGUUUAGAUGUAUUACUGCUCUGUUUUAUGUGGUUACAUUUUGGUUUUUUCAAAAUGUACCUUGUUGAUCGCCAUGAAAAACAUCAUACUACCCAGGAAAGACACUUAAUCCUUUUAUAACAAGCUCUUUUUGUCGAAUUCAUUGCCUGCGAUGUCUUUUUUUGGAUGUCGUGAUUUUGGGAAAAUCGUUUUUAAUCAUUUUGGAAAUCGUCUUUAAGGCGUUUUUGAUAUCUGAUGUCUCAGUCUUUCGCAGCUAGGCCCUCAUGUUGGGACAGAGCUACCUGCAGCAGCCCGAAGGCAAGGUGUGGAGCUCAAUCCUCACAUUUCAAAACAGUUUUUUUAAUCCACAGCUGCCCGAAGUGGCCCUUGCAUAGGUUAAACAGCUGGACAGAUUUACACAUUUGCUAUCGUUUAUUUGGAAACGGACUCAUCAAAGGACCUUAACGGGUGGAUGUUUCUUACCUGCCGAUGUACAUAUGCAUGGCUCUAGAGUCUAGCCAUAAAGCAAUCAUCGUGAACAAAUAUCGGUUUACUGAACUGCACCUUAGCCAAUUUCUCAAGGACUACAGCAGCCCAACACACAAUGCACUUCUAUGCUGAAACACCCACUUCAAAAGAAGUCAUUCAAACGAAAUGAGUGUUCGCAGCUGAACUCAGUCAUCUGCAGAACUUGUUUCCAUUUAUUUCUUUAGCCAGAACCCGCAGUAAUCAGCUAUGCAUGUUGCCUUAUAACAAGUAUUCGUUCUGUACAUUUGGAAUAUGUAUGUAGUCAACGUCUUUUAUUAUCAGAAAAAGGCUGCAACUUGAAAGAUAAUCUUUUUUUCAUGUACUUUUUUGGCCGUUUUGUAUUUAACAGUGAUGCUGAAUGAAGUUUGUAUUCAGAGUUAUUUUGUAUACUGUACCAAUUUGAGAUUUCAAAAUUAAACCUGUUUUCAGAUUUA